UCGGGGAUAUCGUACAGCACGCUUGGCGUUUAAAUGUAAGUAGAAUCCAAUGGGAUUUGUCAAUGCAACGCAGGCGCAGCUGCUCAGCCUACGAGAGAUGGCCUCCAAGAAAUAGGGGUAAGGCGUGUCAUAAGCCUUGAAAAGACGAAGCCCUAUCCUACAAUGCAAUGGUGGAUGUUGGUAGGUUAGGUAAUUUGAAUGAUAUUCCCAACUUUAUCAAAAUUGGCAACAUGGGAACCGAAGAUCCGCAAUUUCCUUUUUCCACCCAAACCACGCUUGUCCGCAGCAGCAGCUUUCAGACCCUAGGGCAAUCGGAUAGUUGCUCGCCUGCAGUAUCUACCAUAGAUCGAACCUAUUCCCAAGUAGGGCAAUAUGCACAUCGAUCUUCUAGACUGAAAAGACAAUAUCAAAUACGCUCAAGUUGGAGACGGAAACCAAAAUUAUGCAAACCUCCUUCGGACGAGGGGCUUGCCUGUUCACGAUGCUUGUCAACCGAGAACCAAAAUAGUGGGGAUCGCUGUCUCGAGCAUGUUCUCCAGCGACUUGAAGAGAUGGAUAUGAGACAAGAGCGGCUUCUAAAUAUGCUUCAAAGAGCCAACGGCAAUAAUGAUGGGGACUUUGGGUUCCCCUUCUCACCGACCAGCGCCAACCUCUUUCAACCAAGAUUAGACGUGUUCAGCUCUUCCUCGCUACAGAAGUAUCUACAGAUCACAUUACGUCCAGAUCCGGUCCGGUUAUGUGAUAUGUUCUUAGCAAGAUACAAUCUUCCGCAUAUUCUUACUGGAUCAUACGACCCAAUCGAAUUAAUGCAUGCUAUGCAUGGUUGGGAACAGGAACGCUACGGAGAUAUCGUCCUUAUAGUUCAGCAGCAUACAGAUGACGACUCGCAUGGGAUAGAAGUGCCGUGGAAACCUAUUAAUCAAACAGAAGAGUCACUCCUUGCUUUGAAAGUCACUCAAGUCGUGUCACUUAUCAAAGAGAAUUGGUUAUACCAAGGAAGGUCAAUCCGGAAUCCAGACGAACCUGAUGUGCCAUUCGAAACGGACGAGUUUGCGGACUCCGUUCUCUUCUUAAACUGUCCAGGAUAUACGAAAGCAUUGUUAUACCAAUCAAGCUAUGAUUCUUCCGGGGCUCACUUUUCUCGGGAGCCUUGGCUAAGUGGAAAGCGCUCACUUCUAUGCCAGCUCCAGGUAACCUUAGUCUUCAACCGCCAAAAGUAUGAGGCUGAUAGUGCAUGAUAGCCUGAUGACGAUAGACUACGGGUUGAUCGAUCUUGCCCUUGGGACGGCAGAGUCUUCGGACGGUUAUGGCAAAUAUUUCCUCAUCGACGACUCCUGAGCUUUGCCUGUAUAUAUCUCGUCCUUUCACAAAUGAGUGUUGUCGGCGACACCAGACAAAGUAUCCUAGCAACCAGGAAAGCGAUUCGUUUCGUGAGUUGCUAUGCAUCCAAAUGGCCACGAUUCAUGCAAACGAGCCAGGUUUGGAUCUCAUCGAAUUGGAUCCACCUUCAUUUCCAUAUUCGCGUCCUGUUAGCUGGGAAGCAGUAUUUGCCGGGUACUUAUCAGUAUCAUCUGAAGAAUGGUCUUCGUCCUGCUCGCUUUUCUGGAAAACUCACUUCGCUGAGCGGCACAGGUGAUAUUGGCAUCGCUGAAGAAAGAUUCUCUAUUGCAGUAGUCGCUUCCCAUACGGCAGAUAUGCCAUCAUAUACAAUUAUUUACCUUAGCGACUCUGGGUAUCGGCGACUCUUCAUGGAAAGCGAACGACCUCUAGAUAUGCCGAGUCGGGGAAGAUUUACGGGCGUUGCCGUGUAUCUUAAAGUUCUGCUUUCUGUCCUGCCUAUAUGGAGGCGUAAAUGGAUUGAAACCCUAAACGAAUUUGAUAAUUUGGUUGGGGUGAAGGUAAAAACGUCCAUCAUAGUGCCUUAGACCCUCA